AUGCAGAAGAUGGCGCGUAGUACGGCUGAUAUCGAAACUACGACUAAAGAAACUGCUGUACAAACUGCUUUACCAGCUUCCACAUCCAGAUCGAUGCAGUCAACAGCACCGUGGAUAAUAUCAGGCCUAACAACUUUGCUUCUUCCAAGUUCGAGGCCACUACCAACAUAUUCAUCGCCACUAAGUGCUUCAACGGAGCCCAGAAUGGCAACUGUGGCCCAGGAGAGCGCAAUCUCUUCCUUCAAUCCUGCGGAAGCACAAACUACUCAUUCAGUCAGCUCCACUCUCCCAAUCCUAACACCAAAUCCUCACCACAGUAGGACGAAAAUACCUGAUGAAUUGCCCAUCACGUCACACUCAACUCAAUCUCAGGAAGAACCUAGGAGAACACCGUCUGAAAUCACACCGCUGCAUACAGGAACAGAAUAUCAAACAAACUUAAGCACCACCUCACCCUCGAUAGGUUACACUGAUGGAUCUACAGCGUCAAGAGCAACAAAGCAAGGAUCUGCGAGUAAGUGGUAUUCUACCAUACUGAACCCCUUGUACAACGUAAGAGGAUUCGAUUCGUAG